GGUGCAAACAUCGUGCUCUCGACAGUUCUGGCCUGGGGAUCAUUCACGUUACACAGCUCGACUUUAUAGUAGCUGUCAGCCUACGGAACCCCUCAAAGCUUCCGGGCAGCCAGUCACUUGGGACAUACACAGAGCUCUCUUGUAACCUGCCUGGCCGCCGACCCGAUAACGUCGUCAUACGUGUACCGGGGCUCUUUGCCCCCUUCACCACCGCACAGUCUACCACCACACGGAAAGGACCACCAUCAUGGACAAUGGCGGCGUCUCGGACGUCUUCGUCAACCGUGACGACCCAAUACCCGUCAUCCGUCUGGACAAGGGUCGGUCCCCCUCUCCGUCGCCUUCCCACAUGCGCGAUUCGGAGGCGUCCGGGGUCGACACGCCGACCAAGGGAAAAGGACUUCGGGGUCGAAUAUCUGCGCUCAAGGACAAGGCCAACCUCCAGGCGGGCGUACAGGACCGGCUUCUGGAAAAGCUACUCGCCCAGGUGCUAGAAGGGGGCGACGCUGACGAUGGCGCCCAGCCGGGGAUUCACGCCCGUGCCGAGAAGCCAAACUUCAAUCUCCAGACAAUGUCAAACAACUUCCGGCGCCUCAACGCUCGCAUUGGAGUGGUGUUUUUGUUCCAGGCCAAGGUCGCCCGUCUUCUCUCGUGGCAGACACCAACACACACUAUGUCGCUCCUCGCCAUAUACACAUUCCUGUGUCUCGACCCGUUCCUUCUUCCGCUCGUUCCGUUGACCAUACUACUAUUUGGCAUCAUGGUGCCCUACUUCGUGGCUCGUCACCCCGCCGCUGACUUCAGCUUGUCUAGCGACCAGGCCAUCGGCUACAGUCCUCAUGGACCCCCUCUGGCCCCGGCUGUCACAGUCAAACCCGUAAAGGAACUCAGUCUCGACUUCUUCCGCAACAUGCGGGAUUUGCAAAACAGCAUGGAAGACUUCUCACAGGCUCACGACGCCAUUGCAUCCUUUGUGGUUCCGCGAACAAACUUUAGCGACGAGGCAUUGAGCACAGCGCUCUUCGUGGCUGUCACGGGAGCCUGCCUGGUCAUGAGCAUAGCCGGACGGCUGCUCCCUUAUCGAUUCAUCUUCUUGACAACAGGAUGGGUCGCGAUAUGUGCGGGCCAUCCCACAAUGCAAAAACACCUCGAAACAGUACACAAGACGCAUGUGCAUCCCCAGCAAGUCUUGGCUCUCAAGUGGAUGGACAAGUGGGUGCAGACCGACGUCAUCCUGGACGGUGCACCGGAAACCAGGGAGGUUGAGAUCUUUGAGCUCCAGCGUCUCUCCAGCGCGGGGGAAUGGGAACCGUGGUUGUUUAGUGCCUAUCCGCACGAUCCCAUGUCGCCCCAGCGAGUGUCUGGUGAGCGCCCGGUAGGUACACGCUUCUUUGAAGACGUCCUCCCGCCCACAGGAUGGCAGUGGAGCGAGAAGAAAUGGGCCCUGGAUCUAUGGAGUCGCGAGUGGGUUGAAGAACGCAUCAUUACUGGAGUAGAGAUCGAGACAGAGGGCGAGAGGUGGGUGUACGAUAUCUACGAUGAGAAGUCGAAAGACCUCGUAGGAAUUGCUGAAGACACCACCGCGAAGGCAAAGGAUAAGCUCAAAGUUGGUCCGUCGUGGGAGGAAGGUGAGGACUAUGACGGCAAGAGAGGCGAGUGGCGGCGCCGCCGAUGGGUGAGAUUGGUGAAGCGGAGGAAUAUCAACCCUGGGGAAGGUUAGGGAGCGGAUGCAUUGGUUGUUCUUGAGCUUCAGAUAAGUUCCUCCUCCAAUUGAUACCCACCACCAUUUUCAUUUGGCAG